AAGCACAAAACAUGGGUCCACCCGGUCGCUACCUUUCUGUUUCACUACGCCGUUGUGGGCACCUCGGUGCCCUUUCUCCACGACGCCCUGGUCGGUGCGGUGUACGGCCCCGGAGGUCUCCGCUGCACGGUGCCRCCGGAAACAGAGGAACKSCGGAAGCGCGUGGCWAUGGUUCUGGCGGCCUACUUUGCCCUGUAUUUUUGCGUCCGCCUGGYCCUGCGGCGGAAGGAAAAGGCGUAUCGUUUCUACUCGGAAUUCUACGGGAUCACGUUUACGUGCUCGGUGACGAUCCCGAUGUCCGCCCUGGGGUUUUACACCAACCGGCCGCUGGUCGCGCAGGCCUUUUGUCUGGCAGCGGGGAUCGACCAGCUUUUGUGGUGAGUGUGUGGCACGGGUUGGGUGUUUGUUUUCCGGCGUUUCCUUCCGGCGACGGUUGUUUCCUUUCGCAGCCACGGGUGAUUCUGUUGGUUUCCUUUGUCUGCUGUCGGUGUUCUGGCGUGUUGGUUCCUUUCUGCAUCCCCGUUGCCAAAUGAUUCUCAUUUGUUGUCGACUCGUUGCCUCUUGAUUGGUCGUGUCGACCCAUUGGUUGCCCGUGCUGUCGUGAAUUCUUUGCUCCGUGUGCUUGCCUUCUGAUGUUAGGUAUGUCGAUAUAGCAGGAUUUUUGGUAGUGUGAGUGAAACACAAGUAUUCUUUUUCGAACCAACCUUUGUUGAAACAAGGUUGCGGCAGCUAUACGUAUGUCAGACAUUGGUUGUUUGUUCUUACGGUAUCUUGUGUUCUGUCCAUGGCCUGCGCGUGCGUGUUGCGGUGUGAUGCGAUGCGAUGCGAUGGGGCGUGCUGCGACGUUCCCAACUUUUUUUUAAAUGGCGCAGAGGAACCUUCCCGAUCGGGGUCUGCAAGUAUCUUUUUGCACCCGGAACCAACUGGAUCAAUCGCAUGACAUCGACCCACCACCUCUGGACGGUGAGUACGGCAUCUCGGGUGUUUUGUCUUGUCUUGUCUUGUGUUAUCUCCUCCUUUUUUCUUCUUCUCACCAAGGACCGCCCGCCCGCCCCGUCUCGGCGUUUUGGGCAUCCGGCGCACGAAUGAAAUGAAAUGAAACGAAAUCGCCGCCGGCAGAUCCCCCUGGUGCUGUGGGUCAGCGGAGGGGCCCUUCACCCGGUCGCCCUGCCGCUCUCGUUCUGCGUCGUCGGGACGAGCGCCCUCGUCUCCUUCUGCCUGACGCCCGUCGCGAUACGGGCUCCGCACGGCGACAGCGAUCCGGACAUCUACCUGAACGUCAACCUGUCGCACGAGAUGGUGAGUGGGCUCGGGUUUGGUGUGGUCUGGUCUUGCUGGCCGCGGCUUGUUUCGCACCUCGUGGCGCUGCGGCAGAACCAACGAGCGAAUCUUUGGGAACAAUCGGCCGGCUCACGCGCUUGUGUGUGUGUGUGUGUUUGGUGCGUUGUUUCUUUCUUUUUUUUCUUCUCUCGUUCCUCCAGUGGGCGGACGUUCAGUGGGAUAUCUUUCGCAUCGGGGAGGAAAGGAUUCCCUACCUCUUGCGGCUCGUGUGCUGGUGGUCCAUCACGAACGCAAUCGCCUUUGUGGUGCUCUUCGGAAUCUCCUGGCCGUUUGCGGGAGGGGCCGCCCCGAGCCUUUGCUGACGCGACAAAACAAAUGUGGAUGCGCAACACGAGUGCUGGUUUCCGGCCGAGCCGUACGAUGCCAACAGGUGCUACGACAAGUAUCACACACUUUUACUAGAUGGUUCGCUGCCGAAGCGUUCUUUGCACAAAGCGGCAAUGCAACGUAACGUAACAUAACGCAAUACAACACAAACACAAAC